UAUCCUGAUGGAAUCAUCCUCGAGCAGCCUAACCCUAGAUGACUCGAUCCUAAUAUCGCCACCGCCACGCCGCCGGCUCCUUGUUCCAUGGCAUGUUCGUCAGCCACCGCCCGGAAGCAGCACCUGGCGCUAGUUGUGUCUCCUCCGUAUCCAAAUUUGGACAUUCGCCGGCACCGCUGAUCGCCGUUGCCAGCUUCCUCAGCGCAAAUCAUGGAUCAUUAAUCUGGACUAUAUAAAGGUCCGCUGAUCGCCUCUGAUGUUGGACGAAACUCAUCGCUGGAUCAUUUCUCAAGACCAGAAAUGGUUGUAGAAGGAGAUGCGAUUUCAAGUGAAGGAGAGGGGGUCUGCAAACCAUUCUUCUCGGCGGAACUCGAAACCGCCCGCCGAGCGGCAGCCGUGUCGUGCUGAUAUCGACGGGGAUGCAAAGGAUGAUGAGGUCGGUGAUUUAAUUCUGCUUUGUGAAACGGCAAAAACAGAAGGCGACCAUGCAGGUGGGAGUUGUAGCUGGAGCUGGCACAACGUGUGCACCAGCUGCCAAGGUUUUUACAGGUUAUGGGGGUGGAGACCUGCUAUAGAUUACAUAGACUACUAUGUGGAAAGAUCAAAGGAAAAAAACAGAUGCAAACCGAUUUCUUCUCUAGUUGGUAGUUUUCAUAGUACCUGCAGUAUACUUUUUUUUUGCUAAAUGGACAUCGGUUCUUCUGCAUUAUGUGUGAAAUAAAACUCUCUAUGUGUUCUCCUAUUUAUUUGCACAUUAUCUGCAUUUUGUUGCACACACUGCUGCAAAAGUUGGCUUGUCCCAUGAUGCAGUUGCACGGAAACUAGUUAAAAUUGCAUGGGUACCAGAUCUUCCUGUUCUUUUAUCUCUAUUUUUGCUCUUUUCAACUAUGGAGAAGCUAUUUUUUGCAAAGAGAAAUUUGGUGAGAGGAAAGGGAAAGUUGAGGAGGGAGGAUCUGAAUAUGAGGAGACAAGGAUCACCUCUUUUUUCACCCUUGUUGGUGUUGCCUGGUACGUUGUGAUCUGUCCACCCUCUUUCUUCUUUUUUCACAACAAAUUGUUCCAGAUCUGUUGUUAUUUCACCUUGAUUCAUUUUCCAUGGUAGCUCUGGCAAUGGAGAUCCAGACCCGGGAACCCCUUGUUUCGUGGGGAAGGUGAGGCUAGGUAUGGGCAUGGGGAAGAAGUUAGUGGCCAG